GGCAUGACGUCACAAUAGUGAAGCCAGAUUGGCUCGCAGGGGUAGUUUUGUGACCGUGAGACGACCUCUGUAUCAUUUACUUAAAAAAACCCUAAUGGGAACCCGAUUGAUUUCCUUAUAGGCCUUUGGGAGUAGCUGAUGUGAGAGCUGGAAACGUCUAAAAAUACUGACCCUUGUGUCUAAAACGGUCUAACGGAACCUUUCCUGCACACUAAACAUUAUGGCCGCCGAGGGAGGGCAGUGGCUUCAAGUCAAGUGGCCGCCCAACAAUAAAAAAAAACUCAUUGGAUGAUUGGAUUCAAAACUCUUCUAGGGUCAUGUCUUAGGUCGUCAGACAUGCGGUCUACACAUGAAAUAUUUGAUGCACUCAUACCGCAGCAGCAGGGUAUGAAACUCUUUACGUAACACUGGAAAUGCAGGGCAGCAGAAAGGCGCCCAAAGAUAGCGGCACGAGAGAUAGUAUUACAUUGAAGGUUAAUGUAAGCCGCUGAAACAUGAGCUCUGUCUAUAAAGCAUACGCUCGCCUCCUGAAGACUCACCCCAUGGCAGUGCAGUGUCUUCAGGCAGGCACACUGAUGGGAGCUGGAGAUGUUACGUCACAGAUGCUCAUUGAACGCAAGACAUUCAGAGAAUACGAAUGGCAGAGGACAGCACGCUUCUUUGCUCUUGGCACAUUUUUGGUUGCUCCGAUACUAUCCAGAUGGUAUGGUUUCCUGGACCAGAAGUUGGGUUCUAGGAAGAGGAUUUCUGCUUUCAAGAAGGUGGCAUUGGAUCAAGGAAUUUUUGCCCCAUCUUUCCUUGGAGUGUUCAUGUGCGUGCUAGGGGGUUCUCAAGGUCACUCCAUGGCCCAAAUAGAACAAGAAAUAAAGACAAACUACAAGGAUAUUCUUCUUGUGAAUUGGAGUGUGUGGCCUGCUGUUCAGAUCAUCAACUUCUCCUUUAUACCCCUCCACCAUCAGGUGUUGGUGGUGCAGGUUUUUGCUCUCUUCUGGAACACAUACUUGGCAUGGAAGACAAAUAAGAGCCCUACAUUUUCAGAGUCCCACUGAAUUUCAUGUCACCAUACAUGAGUUAGAAGGGUAUAAUUACCUCAUCCUUUUUUAGUGUUUUGUGUGCAAUGAUUUUUUUAGCCUUUUUUUUAAGAAACUUUGAAGGUUGACAGUCAGACUAUAAAUAAAGGUGUUCUAAGAAACUUUUUAAUACAGAAGCCCCCCGCCGUUCACGGCCUCACUGUUCACGGAUUCGUUUAUACGCAGGUAGGGUAUUUGCAACACCCCCCGCCGAACGCGGAUGAAAACUCGCGUAUACGCAGUCUGUAGCACUCAGCUCGAACGUUGCGCAAUGUAAACAAAGAAACCGUCCCUGGGGCUGGAUCUUGGACUGGAUGUACAGGACUGUCUCUUUCUAAAGGAAACUUACUUAUUUUUGCUUUCUAAACAUCAAAAUUCGAUUUAAGUGUCAUAUUCAUGCAUGGAAAGCCACAAUGCUAUUCACACUACGUAUUUCCCUGUGGGUUUGACGUUUGGUUGACAGGAUCAUGGUGGUCAAGAACCAGUUAUCCUACGUGCACUAUAGUGAAAACUCAUUGAUCUGGGACACAGAAAACAUAAUAAAACUGGAAUAAC